AUGAAUGGCUUUGCCCUCAAAAUCAAGCGCAACUACGAAUGUAGCACAUUCUCCUACCUCAAGGAGCUUGUGCUACUGGGCCAGGUCCGCUCAGACGAUUUGUACGAACCCAAUGCGGACGAUGAGGAGAAGGACACCACGCCUCGGGGACGGCUGGAAAAAGAAGCAACCAAGAUCCCCCCGCCAAGCAAGGGCCAGAACAUCCGAGCCCCUAUCGAUGGAGUUACCACGAAGCGAUGCCAAGAAUGGACCAUGGAGUACCUUGAAUGGCUGGUCAAGAACAACUACAUAGAUGCCCGCGCUGUAGAGAUUGCGCAGAUUAAGCGUGGCCCCGCUGACUACGGCAUCUUUGGGGGAAAGACAUGA